UCCUCCGCGCCCUCCUCCGCGCCCUCCCCGCGGGCCUCCGGCUCGGAGGGCAGCGUCCCGCCGCCCAGAUGCAGUUUCGCCUCUUCUCCUUUGCCCUGGUCAUCCUCAACUGCAUGGAUUACGGCCACUGCCAAGCCGGCCGGGGCAGACGCACCAAGAGAGCUACCUAUGGCGCAAACCCAAUUUGCAAAGGCUGUUUGUCUUGUUCAAAGGACAACGGUUGCAGCCGAUGCCAACAGAAGUUGUUCUUCUUUCUCCGAAGAGAAGGGAUGAGGCAGUAUGGAGAGUGUUUGCAUUCCUGCCCAUUAGGGUACUAUGGACUACGGUCUCCAGACAUGAACAGAUGUGCAAGAUGCAGAAUAGAAAACUGUGACUCUUGUUUCAGCAGAGAUUUUUGUACCAAGUGCAAAGCUGAUUCUUUCUUGCAUAGAGGCCGUUGCUUUGAUGAAUGUCCUGAUGGUUUUGCACCACUGGAGGAAACCAUGGAAUGUGUGGAGGGAUGUGAAGUCGGUCCUUGGAGUGAAUGGGGAGUUUGCAGCAGAAAUAAUCGAACAUGUGGGUUUAAAUGGGGCCUGGAGACAAGAACACGGCAAAUUGUUAAGAAACCAGCAAAGGACACAAUACCAUGCCCGACCAUUGCCGAAUCCAGGAGAUGUAAAAUGGCUCUGAGGCAUUGUCCAGGAGGGAAGAGAACAUCAAAAACAAAGGACAAGAAAAACAAGAAGAAGAAAAGAAAGUUAAUAGAAAGGGUCCAGGAGCAACACAGUGUCUUCCUAGCUACAGAUAGGGUUAAUCAGUAAAAGCCCAUUCCUUUAAUUGGUCCUUUUUGUUGUUGUUGUUUUGCAAAAGUGCACAAAGCUGCUAUGCGCUCCUGCACACUGAUGCACUGCAGUUCCCUGCUUUGACAGUAUUGGUUGCAAAUAACUUGUGAAAGAAGGGUCCAUAAGUGUGUUUGGGUGUUAUUUAUAAUUUUUCCUCAAAACUGCGAGGGCAGGAAUGCACUGAGUUGAAUCAGUGGAAGAAGUGCAGAACCACGUUUGUGACUAUUCAGUGCCUGUCAUGAAACAGCUAAUGUGUCAGCAUGGAAAUGCAGUGGGCAGUGAGGCUGCAGAACACCAUUAAAGAAUGGACUUGUGCAUAUUUAUGUAAAAGAAGAUAUUUGGAGGUAGAACUACUAUUUAGUUAUGGUCUUUGUUUCUCAUAAUGUGUAUUUUCAAGAACAAAUGUAUGGAUAUCUGCAUAGUGUUAACAUGUUUUCAGCAUCCGUUACCUUGAACCAGUUGUAUAGUAAAAACUGCUUUAAGCUGAUAACAUACUAGAGGAAUUACUGCUCCGUUUCAUGGCAGUUCCAUGUGUACAUAUUAUGCUGAGUCUACAUAAACAUAUUUACUGUAUAUUUAUGCUUUCUUAUGUAUAACAGAUUAUACAUGGUUAAUGUCAAAGUCACUUUUUGAUCUUAGUGUUUCCUAAACAUUGUCCAGUAAACCCAUACUAUUAGUGGCUUCUGAGGAUUUUUUUGCCCUGAAUUUUUUGUUGUCGUUGGGCUUACUUUCUCACUGUAAGGAAUUUUCACAAAUGAUAAAGUACCAUUCACCCUCAUAUUGAGCACUGUCAGUGGUUUUGAAUAGACAAGCACAAUUUACCCCUCCAUCCUCCUGCCAGCCACCCUCACCCACCUCCCAGACUCAAACUGGAAUCACUAAGGCAUUGCAUUCGAGAAAGAGAGCAGAAACCUUGGUGGUGGUGUUUCUUCAGCUAGGAAACCUGCCUUCACAUUUGAGAUGGGUUUUUCUUUAUUAAAGACAAAUGAUGAUUAUUCCACUUGGAGUUUGGGUAAUUAGCUCCUCAGAUGCUGUUACUGGUAAACAGAAGUUAAUCUCCACAGAGCCUGGAGAAAACCUUUAGCUCUAUCUUAGCCUUAGUGUUGACUCUCUCCACCUGUCCUCAAGUCCCAGCUUCACCAGUUCAGCAAAGCCUCUGGGUGUUUGAAGGCUUUGGUCCUUAAUGGAACUGGACCCCAUUGGAGCAAUUUUCAUUAGGCCAGGGCCACUGGACAAGGACCGUGAGCGGCAUUUGAGGGGAAACCGCUACUCAAUUCCUGACACUGCUGGUCAGGUCAUGAAUCCUAGCCUGUUUCCCUGUCCCCAGUGAUCCUGGGUAGAGUCUUCCUGCUCCAAAGACUGGGGGGAAACUGUGUUGCCUCCACCAGACAUAUUUCCCAAGGGAACUAGGAUGCCUCAAAUAUUGGAAGCUACCUUAGGAAAGUUUACACUGAUAAAGUUGUUUGCAAUCACCAGUAGACAUUAUCCUGCACCCAGUGAUUAGGAGAAAGGUUCUUCUAGAUGGCACGUUUGCAAAUAUCAGGGGGUUUAGAACAAAAACACAAAGGAAGGGGUAAACCACCUGUUAACCUUAUUUUGGCAAACUAUCUCUUUAGAAAUUUUUUAGAUCUUGUUUUUGUGGGUUUACUGUUUGCCAACUGAGAGAAGUAUCUUAUCACUAAAUAUCAGUAGCAUAUCCAUCUUUAAAUAUCAAGAAAUAUUAUCGCUAUGAGAUGUCUUAUAGGAAUGUUAUAUGAAACUCUGGGAUUUUUAUCAAAUCCUGAAGUUAUCUCCUCAUUUCACUUUCUAUUGAUAUGCUCCUAUUUAGAGAAAGGGAAGGAAAACAACCAUGUCCAGUGCUUUGUUGUUAGAGACCAAUACAAAUACGAUUGUUCUGUUUCCGGGAUGUUAUUUCAUGCAUUAAAUAGAUCACUUCAAAAACAUUUAACAUUGUGAAAACUGAUCCUUUUUUAAGUAUAUUUGUUUAGA